UUCUCAUUUGUCUAACCUAAUUUUUCCUCUUCCUCGCCGUCUCCUUCCUGAACCGCUCUCUCCUUCCUCAAAUCGGUCCUCUCUCUCACGAUUUUGGAUCUUUCUCUUCUAUGUCAUACCACAGUUUACUCCGUGCACUCGCAGUUUCCUUUUUUAUGUUACACACUUUCCACUCACACUCACCGCUAUAAACCCCAAAAACCCUAACACCUUCAAUCAGACACGCUCGAGCAUAACGAGGUUUGUCUCCUAGGGUUUUCACACAACAGACCCUUUGUCUGUCAUUCUGAACAUCAACAACAACGACGACGACGGUGGCCGACAAGAGAAAGAAGCUUAAGGUUUCUGAAAAGGGCGACAACGCUGAGGAAAUCGACGGAGAACUUGUCCUCUCCAAUAAAAAGUUGCAGGAAAUGCAAGAUGAGCUCGAAAAGAUCAAUGAGGAGGCUAGUGAUAAAGUUCUGGAAAUAGAGCAGAAGUACAACGAGAUAAGGAAGCCGCUGUAUGAUCAGCACAAUGAUCUUAUCAAGUCUAUUCCUGAUUUUUGGUUAACUGCGGCAGUGCAUAUAGGUAAAGCUUCAAGUUCCUGGUUACUGACACAGUGGAUGGACCCGAUGCUUCCUCAAAAUGCAUUCGUGUGAGAUUGAAUUCUGGUAAAUCCAACAACAAAGACAAAAACUCUAGGAAACAAAAAGAAAGAGAUGCAGGCAAGUUCCUUAGGUAAUGUUUCUGAUACCAGGCCUAUUAUUAAAUUAGAAGGGUUUAUGCAAGUAAAAAUAGAGGAGUAAUAGGGAAUAAUACUCUAAACAGCUGGCUGUGUUGUGUUUUAACAGCCAGUUUCUUAGUAUAUUUUGAAAAUAAGAGAGUGGCGGAUUAUAGAGGUCACUGAGAUGUUGAGGUUCUCUCGAAUGCCCUGAAGACUUAUAUUUUUAUAUCUUCUUUUCUCUCUUUGUUCUAUCUGAGAUUGCUCUGAUUCAAGAGAAAAGUUGUUGAGUAAGACCCUAUAUGUCUCUAUCCUUAGUCCUUAUUCACUGAGUCUAUCAAUUUCUAAGGCAUUUUGUUUGAUAAUAUAUAAAUUUAGUAAUGCUCAAUGUAUUCCAUGCUGAGUUUUAUAUUAAAACAAUUUUAUUAUGAUAUAUCUUGUAUUGGUGACUUUAUUAUACACCUUAAUCUGCCCUCACUUGGACUUUUCUUAUUUAUUGUCUAUUGAUGUUGA